CUCGUCGUCCCGCCUGGCUCCGGUCCGACGCCUUUGUCUGCCCCGUCUCCAGCCCGCGCCCCGUCUCGGCGCCCACGCCGCGGAAUCCGGGCCCGGAGGACGCGCCGCGCAGGGAGCCUCGGACCCGGGCUGAAACAGUUGAAGCCCCAGGUUGCCCUGCAGACAUGGUAAAGCAGGAUGAGGAAAUUGAGACACAGAUGAUUUGAACUAGGUAAUAUCUUACUGGUAGAACCAGGAGACACAGUUGGAGGGUUCCACUUCAGAAUCUAUACUCGUAACUACUACACUGUACAGAUCCUUCAAUAAGCUCCAAAAGAUGAGUCGUGGGUAUCCAGAAAACAAUAAUUUCCUGAAUAAUAACAACCAAAUGGUAUUGGAUAUGAUCCUUUAUCCAUUAAUUGGAAUCCCUCAGACCAUCAACUGGGAAACAGUGGCAAGGCUUGUGCCUGGAUUAACACCCAAAGAGUGUGCAAAAAGGUUUGAUGAGCUGAAGAGCAGCGGAAGCUCACCUGUUGACAACCAGUACAACCCCUUAAUGGCGGCUGGGGAGGGUCCUGUGGAGUCUUUAGCCACUUACAUUAAGUCUUCGCUUCUGGAAGCACAAGCAGAUUUUCAAGAGACUCCAGUUGAUCAAGAUACAGUUUCUAAAGCAGGAAGACAUAGUAUAGCUUCCACAAGGAAUUGUUCUUCAGAAAGUGAGAAUUGUACUGCUCGUAAUGCUGGCGAAAAGACUGAAGAAUCUGAAGGGCCAAACAUGGUGAUCCACGUAUGUGAUGAAGCAAAAAACUUGAAAGAAGAUUUUAUUUGCCCACGAGAUCUUUUGAUAUCAGAAAUGAAGUACUUUGCUGAAUACUUAUCUAUGGAUGCCCAGCGCUGGGAAGAGGUGGACAUUUCAGUUCAUUGUGAUGUUCACAUUUUCAACUGGUUGAUAAAAUAUGUUAAAAGGAACAUUAAGGAGAAUAAAGAUUGUGAGAUUCCCACUUUAGAGCCAGGAAAUGUCAUUUCAAUUCUUAUUUCUUCAGAGUUCUUGAAGAUGGAUUCAUUAGUUGAACAGUGUAUUCAGUAUUGCCACAGAAAUAUGAAUGCCAUAGUAGCUGCUCCAUGCAACAUGAACUGUAUCAAUGCAAACCUCCUUACACGCAUAGCUGAUCUGUUUACACACAACGAAAUUGAUGACCUAAAAGACAAAAAAGAUAAGUUUAGGAGUAAACUUUUUUGUAAGAAGAUUGAAAGACUGUUUGAUCCUGAGUACUUCAAUCCAGAUUCUCGAAACAAUGCAGCAACAUUAUAUAGAUGCUGUUUGUGUAAGAAACUUUUAACCAGAGAAACAGAAAGAAGAAUUCCUUGCAUCCCUGGAAAAAUCAAUGUGGAUCGACAUGGAAAUAUUGUCUACAUCCACAUAAGAGAUAAAACCUGGGAUGUACAUGAGUAUUUGAAUAGUCUUUUUGAAGAAUUAAAAUCUUGGAGAGAUGUAUACUGGCGCUUGUGGGGAACGAUCAACUGGCUGACGUGUUCAAGGUGUUACCAGGCUUUUCUCUGUAUUGAAUUCUCGCAUUGUCAGUAUCACACAGAAAUGGUAGUUUAUUCCACCACAAUAAGUUCACUGAGCACUGUGGGCACUGGAGUUUAUCCCUGCUGUAACCAGAAGGUUCUUCGAUUUGAUCCCACUCAGCUCAAAAAGGGCUGUAAAGUGAGGGACCACAUGGUUAUUCUUCAUGAUCAAGGAGAAACUGAUGAUUUACUUUCUUGUCCAAGUGCUAGAAUACUGGACGAUCUACACAAGCACAGAGAUGUCAUUGUUGUGCCUUUUUGUAAAGAUGUGGUGAGUGACCCUGGGCUUGGCUCCUGUGAUGAAAAGGGCCUGGAAUAUGAUGUUUUACUGGAACCAAAUACGCCAUGGGGCCCCAAAACUGGGGAGCUCAAUGCUUUCUUGUCACUGAAAAACUGGACUCUGCAGUUGAAACAGCAGUCGCUAUUUUCAGAAGAGGACGAGUACACCACUGGGUCUGAAGUCACUGAAGACGAAGUCGGUGAUGAAGAAGAAGUGGCCAAGAAACAAAGGAAAAGGGAAAAGCCAAAGAAGUUUACUAAGCAACCAAAGAAGCAGCUGUCUUCACCCUGUUCUCAAAAGAAAGAAAAGGCGCUGGAGAAGUCAACUUCUAGAGAUGUGUCUCCUUUCGUUGUGAGCAUGCAGAAGAAUAAGUGGGAUGCCACAAGAUCCUUGAGAUUCAACCAGGAUGCACAAAGAGAAGAUGAUCAGCGGCGGAUGUCUGAAAUUACAGGGCACCUAAUAAAAAUGAGAUUGGGUGACCUGGACCGAGUCAAGUCAAAGGAAUCAAAAGAAUUUGCAGGAGGUAUUUAUUCUAGGCUUGAAGCGCAAGUCAAAGCCUUGGCCACACCUGGCAGCGCCCGGCAGAACAGCUCAGACAAAAAUCCCAGGUCUAAAAGUCGUUUUGGUCAAGGGCGUCCUGCAUAAAGCACCCUAAAAUAUAAAAAGAGAGAAGGCACACUCCUGGACAUCUGCAGUUGUUCAUUUCCUGAAGACCUUCCAAACAAUGACUUCUAGGUGUUUUCUUAGUUAUUCCUGCAAACCGCAUAAAUCAUGCUGAGACACAUACAUAGUUAGGCUUCAUUCAAAUCUAACUGUAAAUAUAAAUUUUAAUAUCAACUUCUCUUUGUGUAAUUCUAGGCUGUGAAGAAAAUAAUCACAAACUUUGCAUAGUUGAUUCCUAAUAUUUGUUACCCUUUAUUUAUUUGAAAGAGAAGAGACCUAAAUUGUCAGAUGACUGAGUUUUGGUAAGACUUGACGAAAUUAAGGGACAUGAUUGAUAUAGUGUUUUUGUGAAUGUAUCCUGAUCAUCAUAUGUUUGGGACUGUUGAGUCUUAGGUAUAGCAUUGAAAAAUGAAUUUUGUAGGAUGAAAUGUCCAGUGAUGCUAAGUGUAGGUUUGUGUGAAUGUUAAGGCAUGACGGAUCUCAAAGCUGCAUUAAUGAGUGUCAAGGUGAAGUUACUCAAGUAGCAUGUUGGUCUAGAAGGGUAAUUAUGUGGAGAAACUUUGGUUUCUUCCAGUUUUUCGUGCAUCUCUGUCGGUCAUCUGAGCCUGAAUUACUGGCCGUCAGUUUCUCCUCUGUGAAGCUAGUGGAUGGUUGAGGGAAGAAUCACUAGAGUUCUGCAGCAGUCACUUGCAUGGUUCUCCAGCCCAUCCAUUCUCUAAACCUAUUUCAACAGCCCCUUAAAAAUUACAAUUGCUAGUUGCUUUAAAGGUGUCUUAAAAUUCCCAGAUAGAUUAGAUGGCUGGAAAUUUUAUACAUUCAAGGAAAAUAAAACUAUUUUAUAGAUCAUGUUUUAAUUUUUUUCUAAUCAGAUACAUAACGUACCAAGGGAAUUUUUGUUCCAGACUGUAAGCAUGUACUAAAUUAUAUGUUCGGAAAUUAUUUAUAGAUCUCUGAAAACCAUAAGAUGCACACAAUUUCUACUUUUAGUUUUCCUUUGCCUUUUGGUUCAUGUCUUCAAAUUAUUCAGUGAACAAGCCUUGAUAAUAUGUAACAGAACAGGAGUUUUAAAAGAAAAGUUCAAAUCUGACACUCAGUUCACACAAAAAGAAAUUAUAAUUUUUUUUUUUUCGAGACAGGGUUUCUCUGUGUAGCUUUGCGCCUUUUCCUGGAACUCACUUGGUAGCCCAGGUUGGCCUCGAACUCACAGAGAUCCGCCUGGCUCUGCCUCCCGAGUGCUGGGAUUAAAGGCAUGUGCCACCACCGCCUGCUAAGAAAUUAUAAUUUGUAAUGUAUCUUUUAGUUGCUAUAUGAAGCUCAAUUAUUGGAAUAUGUUUUUAAUGUCUGGAUUUUGUUUUAUAUAUGUAUGCUUUUCAGUUGUCUGAUACUGUGGAAGUUGCUUAUACCAUAUUUAUUUUAAAAAGUGUUUCUUAGCACACCAUGUGUGGGUCUCAUUAGUCCUCCGCCUUACGUUGGCUCCUGUUCUCUGAUAGAGGAUUUGGACGUACAUGUGUAAAGAGGCCUGUUGGAAUCCUUGUAAUCAGGAGGAAAUCUGCUCUUCCGUUUUUUCCUGAUGAUAAAGUGUACAUACAUGCUUCUCCCCUGAGGGGACUGAACUACUGAUUGAUGCUAACAAACCAGACUUUAUUACAAUCUGACUGUAUACAGAAUAUGUUUUGUUGUUUUGUGUCUGUCUGUGAUACAUGGGCAGGCAUUCCUUCUGCCAAGUACUUUAAGGAUUUCCUUACAUUAAUUCUGAGUUUAUACGUCUUUAAUUGAAAUAAAGGGCACUGUCAAAAACGGUGGGGAAAGCCCCUGGAUCUGACUCUGCUGUCUGACGAGUCUGGAGUCUCUCUAUUCUACAUGUUUCCCUGGAAAAUUAGCUGUAUUCCAAGGUGAAAUGCUGAGGGUUUGUGAUUAUCACCCAUCACUCUGGAAACUGAAAUAGGAAAAUCCCACAUUCUAGACCUAUCUCAGAACGUUAGCAAAACAUUGAAGGGUUAAAACACUACAGAGGGUCUGGGUACGUGGCUCAAUAGCAGAACACUUGUCUGGGGUGCACAGGAACUGGGAUGGAUCCUCACUCGCAGGUGUGAGUGGAAACCGUACUGUGGAAUCUGGCCACACUGCCGACUGCACAACUUCUUCAUCGUAUUUGUUACUUUUCUUUGGAAUGUUUAGCCAGGCAUUGUGACUAAAUAUAUACUAAAUUGUAUAUAAUUAUUUUGGAAGCUGAGGCUGAAACUGUCAUAUUUUAGCAGAUGGCAAAUUUAAAUAAACAUUAAAAAGCC